AAGACGGUCGGUGUGCCAACCCCCUGCAUUACCGGCCCAGUAAUCACUCGGCGUUUGGUGAGUGUCGGAAUUAAUUUUAUCGAUAAAAGCCAAAAAAGUGGUUAAUUACUCCAAAAACCGGGCGUAAGUCUUCACAAAAAUGGAUAGUGGUGACGACGCAAUCAAUAACGAGAACGUAAGGAGAACAAGAUCCGGUAAAAUAGUGCGUACGCCCCCGGCGGUUAAAACCCCGGUGAAGAAAACGCGAAAAAAGGUGGUCUUGAUGGAGGUCGAAGUCUCGGAAGAAGAGUCCGAAGAACACAACGCGAUUAAAACCGAACCUGAGCAAAACAACGGCGCCACAAUUGAGGAAAACCACGAGGAGGUGGUUGAGGAAGCCUCCGAGCCGGCCGAAACGUCCGACAUGGAAGUUAGUCAAGAAAUUGAGACUCUUGUUAAAGAGCCCGAAAUUAAAGAAGAGGUUAGAGUGGAGCUUGAGACUCCGGAGGAGACCAACGGUAUUACCGAAGACAUUGACGAAACAACUGAAGAAAAACAACCAAGUGGCGAACCUGAUGCGGAAAACAUCUCGGAGGAUGAAUUACCGACAGUUCAAGCCGUGAAAGUCCCCGAGACUGAGGAAGUGUCUGAUGAGGAGUUGCCAGGGCCGAAACGUGCCGAACUCCCGGCCGAUACUGAGGUCGUGUCGGAAGACGAGUUACCGACUGUGAAGAAAGAAGCAAAUAAACGGAAGUUGGUAGAAGGGGAUUAUGAUCCAGGUUCGCCAACGUCAGAAGGCGAAACUCCAGCGAAGAAAGCUUCCCUGGAAAAUACCGCAGUUAAAGAAGAAGAGAAGAACACAAAACCGAAAAAAUUGCCCGAGUUGGACAAAUAUUGGAAGGCUGUGAACGAUGAUCCUACUGAUUUUACCGGGUGGACUUAUUUGUUGCAAUACGUGGACCAGGAGAAUGAUAUGGAGGCGGCGCGCGAGGCCUACGACGCGUUUCUGUCGCACUAUCCAUACUGUUAUGGCUACUGGCGGAAGUAUGCCGAUUACGAGAAGCGGAAAGGCAACAAGAAAAAGUGCGAAGAGGUAUUCGAGAGAGGCUUGAAAGCGAUCCCCCUUUCGGUCGAUUUGUGGAUCCACUACCUCACCUACGUCAAAACCACCAAACCGGAUGAUGAGGACUACAUCAGGUCGCAGUUUGAGAGAGCCAUCGCUGCCAGUGGACUUGAAUUUCGCUCAGAUAGACUGUGGGAUUCUUACAUCAAAUGGGAAACGGAGGGAAAACGAUUACAACACGUCACGUCGAUUUAUGACAGGCUUUUCACAACGCCAACGCAAGGAUACACCACACAUUUUGAAAAUUUCCAAGAGCAUAUCACGUCAAAUCCACCAAAUAAAGUGGUUGAAGUUGAUGAGUUUUUGGCGUUACGGAAGGAAGUUAGGCACAUGUUGAAACAUGAUGCUCCUAACGAAACCAAAACGGACAAUUCGGACGUGCCUCCAGGUGAAGAUGACGCCAGUAAAGCCAUAAGUACAGAUGAAGAAACCAAAGCGAUACGAGAGAGGAUUAUUUCAAUUAGGCGAAAAAUACACAAGAAUACGGUGGCGGCGGUGACGGCGAGGUGGAAUUUUGAGGAAGGAAUCAAAAGGCCGUACUUUCACGUGAAGCCUCUUGAGCGCUGCCAGUUAAAGAACUGGCAAGAGUACCUGGAUUUCGAAAUCGAACAAGGCGACCAAGUCAGAAUCGUAGUCUUGUUCGAGCGUUGCCUUAUAGCCUGUGCUUUGUACGAAGAAUUUUGGUUAAAAUUUGUUCACUAUUUGGAAAGCCUGAAAGACCCCGAACUCCAGCCGAAAAUCCGCGAUGUGUACGAACGCGCGUGCACCAUCCACCAUUUGAAAAAACCCAACUUGCACCUGCAAUGGGCCAUGUUUGAGGAAAGCGUUGGCAAUUUUAAUCGGGCCGCUGAAAUCCUAGUAAAUCUCGAAAAGUCGGUCCCUAAUGUCUUACAAAUCGCUUACAGAAGGAUAAAUCUGGAGAGGAGGCGGAGCGAUAACGAGAAGUGUGCACAACUGUACGAACAUUACAUAAACAAUUCCAAAAAUAAGAUGAUUUCGAGUAAUAUAGCUAUUAAAUAUUCCCGGUUUGUGCUGAAAGUGCUUAAGAAUACCGAAAAGGCGUUGGAGAUUUUGCGGUCGGCGAUUACGAAAGACCCGAAUAACCCUAGAUUGUACUUGCAGUUGAUUGAUUUGACGCUGCAACAGGACGAUGUUGCGGAAAAUGUUAUAGUAGAGUUGAUUGAUUCCUUCUUGGAGAAGGAGACGGCUGACGCGGACCAAAAGGUGCUUUUUGCGCAACGAAAGUUGGAGUAUUUGGAGGAUUUCGGCGCGGAUAUUCAGUCGGUGCAAAAGGCGUACGAUGACUAUCAAAAGUACAUCAAGCAGAGUAAAGAGACGGGCAAGAAGAAGGAGUCGAAAAAUGAUGCCGCCUCGGCGGGCAAGAAAGACAAAACAUCGAACCAACAAACCUCAGCCUCGAGUUAUGGCAGUUACGGUAAUUAUGGAAAUUCGUCCGCGCAAGGGUCUUACCAAUAUUCAGGUUCCCAAACAGGACAGUACAAUUAUUCGUACGGGCAAGGUGACCAGUACCAGUACCAAGGCUGGCAGUACCCACAAGGGAGUUAUAGUGGGUACAACCAGUGGGGGUCGUAUGGAGGAGGGUACAGUUACUAGUUUUAGUUCCACUUUCUAGUUUUAGGAUUCGUUUGUACACUUGUACUUUUUUUACGCAAAUGCGGUACCAAUGUGUUUGAUUUCAAGAUAGUGUGAAUUGUAACUAAGAUUGUAAUCUUAUCAAACAAUACAUGUAAAAAAAUAA